GAGAGCCCUCUUUUGAAUCCUGAGAACCUUGCUUCUCAAAAUACUCUCACAAAACUCGCUGUUCCUUGCAAACCUCCGUCGUGGCCAUGACCGUCCUCAACACCGCACAAGCCCUCUGGGCCCGCCUCGUAGCAACCCACGAUCCCCAUACCAUAGACUUCGUCGGCACCCUCAUCAUCCAAUUCAUAUUCUGGUGGAUCCCUUGCAUCCUCUUCGUCUUCCUCGACUCCAUCGCGCCCUCCUUCUCCGCGAAACACAAGAUCCAGCCCGCCCCCAAACAACCCUCCGCCAACGACAUCCUCCACUCCGUCCUCGUCUGCAUCCGCAACCAAGUCAUCGUCUUCGCCCUCCACGCCGCCCUCCUCUACGCCUCCUCCGCCAAGGGCCGUUCCCCCAGCAUCAGAGUCGACGCGAGCUUCCCCACAGUCCAGGAGUUCACCUACCAUAUCGCCGUCAGCGUGCUCGCUCGCGAGGUCCUCUUCUACACCUCGCACCGCAUCUUCCACUGGCGCCCGCUGUACAGGCGCUUCCACAAGACGCACCACAAGUUCACCGCCCCCGUGGCUUUCUCCUCGCAGUAUGCCCAUCCCGUGGAGCAUCUCAUGGCAAACGUCCUGCCAAUCUUGCUGCCGCCGCUGCUGCUGGGGUCCCAUAUCCUGACCAUGUGGGUGUUUGUGGCUUUUCAGCUCAUCGAGACAUCGACGGUGCACAGCGGAUACGAUUUCUUUGCGGGGGCAGCUAAAAAGCAUGAUAGACACCACGAACGCUUCGAGGUGUAUUAUGGCGGAAUCGGGCUCCUGGACUACGUUUUUGGGACGGAUGAAAGAGAGGGCCCUAGGAGAGAUAAAAAAGAAUGAGCAGGAAUAUUUUUCUUUCUCAAUAUGCCUUCGUAAUAAAUCAUUUGGCAUAUUGUUUGCGUUUUCCUGUAUAUAGCUCUCUUCAAAGUUAAACAUUGAAGUAAAGUGUUGCUUCAUCGCAUGUUUCACAGCCUCAUAGUAAACACACAGCCUCAUAGUAAACACCAUAAUCA